GGCAAAAAGAAAAAGAAAAUACAGAUGAACCACCGCCAUCUCUCCACCAAAAAGCCCAUACCCGUCAUUUGCAGAUAGUUACUUUCUCUCUCCUUCACUCUCUCAAGUUCAAACCCUAACUACAUAGUAUAAGCAAAUUCAAAAUUUGUUUAAAAAGGAAAAGUUGAAAACUAUUCUUUUAAGUUAUAUUUGUUGCAGUUCUUGUUUUGGUUGUUGUUGGUUCACUUUCUCACUCUAGAACAUGAAAGAAAAAGGGAAUGGGAGCAAGCAACAGAGACCCAGUUCACCACCAAACAGCCUGUGUCGAUGGAUAUGAAGGACCAUAACCUACAAGAUUUGUGCUGCCAUUGCCUGCAUUGUUGUUUGUUUUGCUUAUGGGAAAGGUUGGUGUCGAGGAGGAGCAGGCAUUGCCUACUAGUGAUGAUACUUCCGACCAAGAUGUAGAGAGAGGAUUCUACGGCUGUAAGUUUGAACACAUUUAUAGGUUCAUUGGGGUGAGAUGUAUUUUGGUGCUUCUCUUGUCUGUGGCUGUGUUUCUCUCUGCUGUCUUUUGGCUGCCUCCCUUUCUCCACUUCGCAGAUCAGGGGAAUCUGGAUCUGGAUCCCAAAUUUAAAGAUCAUGAUAUAAUAGCAAGUUUCAGUGUUAGAAAGUCAGCUGACUUUCUGGAGGACAAUAUCUUACAGCUUGAGGAUGACAUUUUUGACGAGAUAAGCUUUCCUAGCACAAAAGUGGUUAUCUUGUCCCUGGAACCUUCAGCAGGACCUAACACGACAAAGGUUGUGUUUGGGGUUGAUCCUGAUGCAAAAUAUUCAAAACUAUCAUCCACUGCUCAAAGUUUGAUUAGGGCUUCUUUUGAAUUUUUGGUUGUAAAUCAGUCAUUCCGCUUGACAAAAUCCUUGUUUGGGGACCCAUUCUCCUUUGAGGUGCUUAAAUUCCCCGGAGGAAUCACUAUUAUUCCACCACAAAGUGCAUUUCUUUUGCAGAAAGUGCAAGUAUUUUUCAACUUCACUUUGAACUUCUCUAUUUAUCAAAUACAAGUAAAUUUUGCUGAACUAACAAGUCAGCUCAAGUCUGGCCUGCACUUAGCGCCCUAUGAGAACUUGUACAUACGCUUAUCAAACUCCCAAGGUUCAACAGUGGCUCCCCCUACUACUGUUCAGUCAUCUGUUGUGCUGGCUGUUGGGAAUACUCCCUCGAGGGAAAGGUUAAAGCAACUGGCUCAAACUAUAUCAGGUCAUUCAAGGAACCUUGGUCUGAAUAACACGGUUUUUGGUAAAGUUAAGCAAGUUCGUCUUUCAUCUGUCUUGCAACAUUCUCUCCAUGGUGGUGAAGGCAGUGCCUCACCUUCUCCUGCACCUCUCCCACAUUCCCACCACCACCAUCACCACCACCACCAUCACCAUCAUCACCACCAUGAUGCAUAUAUGGCUCCUUUAAUUUCGCCUGCGCCUGUGACUGAGAAAGGUGCACCUGCACCUCUUGAUAAAUCACCUGCUCCACUGAAAAGUUCACCUGCACAUCCGAAUAGUAAAGCAAAGCCUCCUGGUUGUCAACUUGGGCAUAAUAGGAGAUAUCCAGAGAAAGGGAGAAAGGGGUCUCCUUUGACGCCCGUAGUUGCACCCAGUAUUUCUCCUCCCAUUUCUACUCCUGCUUCUACUCCCUUGCCACAACCCUAUGUUGGUCCACCAGCAGUGUCACCAACACCAGUGCCAAUCUCCCAUACAAUUCCUGCUUCUAGUCCUUUACCAAAUGUUGUUUUUGCUCAUAUUCAGCCACCAUCAAAGGCAAAAUCAGAAGGGCAUCCUGAUACCAGUUCACCAUUACCAUCACGAUCACCAUUUUCAUCUUCUGCAGCUUUUCCUAUAGUUCGGUGGGCAAUGUCACUAUCCCUAGCUGUUGUACUACAUUUAUAACAAAAGAAAGGAGAACCUAUAUAUUAUCUAGUUAAAAUGCUUCUCUGGGAACUCAAUUGUAUCAUUCAAUUCAAAUGAAUCAGACAAACCGGAGGAGUUUUUGAUAGUGGGAGCAACACGGGUGUGCCUCACAUCUCAGUGGAUAUAUGUUGUUUGUACAUAUUGAUAAAAGUUGGAGUAGCAGAUGCAUUUUCAGGUCAAAGUCACAGAGGUGACAGGCCCUUGAUUGCAUUGCUGCUAUUGUGUAUUAUUCUCUUAUGCAGAAAUGUAAGGAGAAAGAAAAAAAAAAAUGUAACAGAGGAAAAAGAAUUAUGCCAGAUUACCGUUUUGGUUCUUUUUACCAGUCAAAUCCAUUUAGAUAUGAAUUUUGGAUACGAUAUUGUGCUCAUGGUCUAUUAUCUGUCAAAAUUUUCUUUUUUUAGCUAAUUUCAAUGUUAAGGCCCGUAUCUGUAUACAUGUAUAUACGUGUGCUAGAACAUGUCUGUAUACAUGUUAGAAUUCAUAUUUAUUGUGGUGGAGGAAUAUAGAAUUCAAUAAUGGAUUUGACUUGCA